GCCCGUUACGCACUUCUCCCCACACUUUUCUCUUCGAUCCCGCGGGGAUUGAUCAAAUCCAAGCAAGCAACCAGACCAAAGUCCUCGAUCGCCGCAUGCUGUGUCGGGUGGCACGAGACACGGAUGCUGCGUCGCUCGUCACUCUCGCCUUUGCAAAACCACACCAUUCGUCUUCUUCGUCGUCGUCCUUCCCAAUUCUUUCCCCUUCCUCCAGGCAAAGCUCGGCUUUUUUUUUCGUUUUUUUCCUUCACCCCCUUUCUUCUUCUUCUUCUUCUUCUUGGUGCUUGCUUGAUUGUCGACUUGUUUGUUUGCCAACUUCGAGAACUGUAGUCCUACCAUCCCCAGAUUGAUUGAUUGAUUGACUGACGCUGCGCUGCGUGGCCCGCUUAACACCACCUCGGCUCCUCCUGAUUAGCGUAAUCACUCUCGCUUUUCUUUUUCUUUCUCAUUCCUUGUCCACACUGCUGAUGAGAUCCAGUCCAGCGGUCAUGAGUAUAAAUCCCGAGAGCCCCGCGGAGAUUUCUUCGCUGCCGUGUUACUUUUCCUUGCGGCUGCUUGAUUCGAUUUCUUGCUCUCUUUGUCAAGCGUCGCGCAUCAAAGUCACUGACCAGCUCAGCUCAGCUCCGCCCGGUCUCGCUCUCAAAACGUUUCGCUUUCUUUUUCAACACCACGCAGAGCUACUGGUCCAUUUUCAACCCCCCGUGCUGUUCCAAAGUAGAGCUCCCAUCCACCCGGGACGCAAUUUCCAAUACUUCCUCCAGAGCAGUGGCGCUAGACUCGAAGUAUUUACCAUGAGGAGCUGGAAGAAAGUUGCUGCUUUUAUGCUGCUGCUCUGUUGCUUCUACGUUUUCCAGCCGACUCAAGUGUCCUGUGCUCGGAUUCCUGUCCAAGGUAAGCAUUCCUUCUUGUUCUCCUUCGCUGCGGAUCCCUCACAAAACCGGCCUUUUGUUCCUCGGUUUGAUUCAGAUGAAAACCAGGCCAAAGUCGCCGUAGCUUCCGAGUCUCCUGUUCACCAUUUCCUGAGAUGCAAGGAAGGAAGCAGCAGCUGCGGGAGUGACUUCCAAGCCGAGAAGCUGCACUCGGUACCAUCGGGGCCGAAUCCAGUCGGGAAUUCACUGCCGGGGAAGUUCCUCGUCACCAGAAGAUCUCCUCCUCCAUUUCCAGAAGGAAUUCCGCACCCGUGAGAGCACGAGAGGAGAGUUCGUAAGUACCACGUCAAAGUCACAAGUGCCUUGGAUAGGAUCGAUUCUUCUGUUUGGAUUCGGCAGCAAGAUCUCCUUAGGAAACUGUACAUAGUUUGAUCUCGUCACGACAAGUUUUGUAGUGGUAAAGUUCGAAUCAAACACACAGAGAGGAAAAGAAGAACAACAAAAAGAACAAAGAAAAGUCACAGCUUUGUUCUCUUCCAAACUAUUCGAACAUCUGAUACACGCAAAGAGUGGAGAGAUGAAAGAAUAAAACAGGAUGCUUUGGCUGAAGAGCUGGCUAAAAUCGUAGAGCAAUUCUCUCAAAUCUCGCAAGAAGAAAGC